CGCUCUCGUCUCGGGCAUUCUGUUGCCAACCAUGUCAAGUUGACAGCUAUAUCACAAAGACUUGCCACUCCUGCCUGCUCUAGACUGAUGUCCACCGCCACCCAGAAGAAACAGGAGAAGGUCGAAGAAAGAACCGAUCACCAUGCUGUUGUAUCAACCUUUGAUCUGUUCUCGGUUGGAAUUGGACCAUCUUCCUCUCAUACUGUUGGACCCAUGAGAGCUGCCAAGAUUUUCAUUCAUGAUCUCAAGACACACAAAGUUCUCGAGAGAGUUCACACCUUGCGUGUAGACAUGUUUGGUUCAUUGGCCCUGACAGGCGCUGGCCACGGAACUCCGGAUGCAAUCCUGAUGGGAAUCGAAGGCGAAUCGCCCGAUCAGGUAGAGACCUCGACAAUCAAAUCUCGGGUCCAAGACAUCCACACCAACCACUCCAUUAGACUCGACGGCACACAUCGCAUCCACUUCAACCCAGAAAAGCAUCUUAUCUUCAAUUACUUCAAGUCCUUACCUCAGCACCCAAACGGCCUUCGCUUUUGUGCCUAUGACAGCGACAGCAACAUGGUCGCCACAAACGAGUAUUUUAGUAUCGGAGGAGGAUUUGUGGUUAAUGAGGAGACUCAAUUGGAUCACGGAGAGAACGUUUACUACAAGCAAGAAGAUAAGGACGGAGCAAUGGCUGAGCGAAGACAGCAGGAUAUUGCGGUAGUUGCGCUCCCUUUCAAAACAGCCGAUGAACUUAUUGCGGUCUGUAAGCGAGAGAACAUGACGAUUGCCCAAGUUGUGUAUGAGAAUGAGCUACGGUGGUCUACACCAGAAGAGAUCCGCACAAAGCUACUAAAGAUCUGGAAUACAAUGGACGAGAGUAUCCGAAACGGUGUCAUGGCGUGUCCUACAGAUAUGCUUCCUGGUGAUCUCAAAGUUCGCAGACGUGCACCUGCACUCUACAGUAAACUCCUCAAAGGUCUCUACGGCCCAGUAAAGACAUCCACCGAGUAUCAUACCAACCAGAUCGCAACCUCUACAAUACCAAUGGAAGAAGCUAUUGGACAUCCCGACGAUCACAAAAAUACUUUCCCAAUGUCACUCUCUGUACUCCCCAAGCGUCAACGAAAGCGUUUCUUCUUGCCAGCUCUUGAUUAUCUAUCAGUCUAUGCUAUUGCCGUUAAUGAAGAAAACGCUUGUGGUGGUCGAGUAGUAACUGCACCUACAAACGGUGCUGCGGGCACCAUCCCAUCUGUCAUGAAAUACUAUCUCGAGUUCAUCUCCGAGCACCCGGAGCGUGAUGUUAUGGAGUUUCUUUUGACGACUGCCGCGAUUGGCAUGCUCUUUAAGCGUGGAGCAAGCAUCUCUGCUGCCGAGGUUGGUUGCCAGGGAGAAGUCGGUGUGGCCUGCUCUAUGGCCGCGGCAGGGUUUACGGCUGUGAUGGGUGGGUCUGUAGAUCAAGUCGAAAAUGCGGCCGAGAUUGGCAUGGAGCACAACCUGGGUCUGACAUGUGACCCGAUUGGUGGCCUUGUGCAGGUGCCCUGCAUUGAGCGAAAUGCCCUUGCGGCCGUCAAGGCCAUUGCGGCAGCACAGCUGGCACUCAACGGAGAAGGCGAUCAUCGUGUGUCGCUUGAUCAGGUUAUCGAAACCAUGCGUCAGACUGGCGUAGACAUGAUGUCAAAAUACAAGGAGACAAGUCAAGGUGGACUUGCAGUCAAUGUUCCAAUGUGUUAAGAAAAUGGUGAUAAUAGUUAUUAUUUAUUUAAUUGGCCUUAUUAUCUCUUUCUUGAGUUGUAGACUUUUUCUUCUCCUUCUUCUUCGUAUCAUUCAUAUAUACGCACACACGCACACACAUAGUUACAGUACAACAACAUGGCAUUUUGUCCAUAUAGACUUUUUCUUUUCUUUUUCUUCUUAUCAUACAACUUUUUCUUCUUCUUCUUUACACACAUAAAUAUAUCAAUAUGUACGUGCUUUCAUUUC